GCAAAAUCGACCUCGCCCACCACGACGGCAUCGCGAAGCGGGCUCUCACCGAAGCGGUGGCGUUUGAUCAGGCCAUCCAGCGGGCCGGGGAGCUGACCAGUGAAGAGGACACCCUCACCGUGGUGACCGCUGACCAUUCCCAUGUGUUCAGCUUUGGGGGCUACACCCUGAGGGGCACCUCCAUCUUCGGUUUGGCCCCCAAACUAGCAGCAGACGAGAAGACAUACACGUCUAUUGUGUACGGGAAUGGGCCGGGCUACCAGAUCACCAACCAGAGUCGCCCGAACGUGAGUGCUACUGCGAGCGAGGGCAACAACUACCACCAACAAGCGGCUGUGCCCCUCAGUUCCGAGACCCACGGCGGCGAGGAUGUGGCCAUCUUAGCCAAGGGCCCCAUGGCCCACCUCUUCCACGGGGUGCAGGAGCAGACGCACGUGGCCCACGUCAUGGCCUUCGCCAUUUGCCUGGAGCCUUACACGGACUGCGGACUGCCCAGUACCAACUCCUGCAGCGACAUCAAGCCCUCGUUUAUUGCUUUUCUCCUGGCGGCCGUGAUCUUCUGGGGCCUCUAA